AUGAAGCGCAAAGCAGCAGAUUCUCCGAAUGGGAACCACGCCAACAACAACGACGAUAAUAACAAUGACUUGCCCGCAGCGUCCACUCCGAAACGGCAGAAACGAGGUCCCGGACCUGAUACAGCCUUGAGAGUGAAUGGCCACGGAUUGAAUGGCGACGUCGUCACCCCGUCGAAACGAGCGCGAAACACGCCGAAAAAGGUCGAUACGUUGACUGCGUCUGGGCUCAAGACGCCGACACACAAGGCAAAGGCGAAGUCUUUAUUUACGACACCGAAGAAAGAUGCUAUAGCUACACCAUCGAAAGUCAGAAACGCCGACCGGUCGGCUAAGAAGAAGAGUGCAAAGAUACUGCUCGAGCAGGACGAUGAAAAUACCUGGGACGGCGCGGAUAAGCUCGCAGAAGAGAUUCUCGAGGACGACAACCCGAAAAUAAAUGGUGUGAUUGAGACAACCGAGAAAGAUAGCGAAGCUCCAGCUGCCGAACCGCCCGUAAAGCGCAGAGCAGGUCGACCUAAAGGCGCAAAGAAUAAACGAUCACCGACUCCAGAGGGAGACAUACCGCCUCACGAACGAUAUUUUUUCCAGAAUCGACCGGGGCCCCCGAACACGUCGAACAAUAAUCUGAACAAAGUCUCGCUGCUGGCACAUGACGAAUAUUUCGAGUUGCUCGGCCGACACGAUGAUACCUUUAGCGAGGAGAAGGAAUUGCUGCUCAAUAUUCAUCGUCGCUCGUUUCCUCAAUGGAACUUUGAGUUUGAUGAAAAGUUUAAUAUUUGUUUAUAUGGAUAUGGCUCSAAGAGGGGACUGGKACAGAAAUUCGCCGACUGGUUAUAUGGAUCCAAGUCGCACCAACCUAUAAUUAUAGUCAAUGGCUACGCUCCGAAUACCUCUGUCAAGGCGAUACUCACUGCGAUUGCGACUGCUGUAUGCGGAGAGGAUGUGCCCUCUAAAAUCGGCGGGACACCCAGUGAGGCACUCGAAUUUUUACAAUCGGCUCUACAGUCCCGGAAAACGCCCAUAACGGUAUUAAUCAAUUCGAUAGACGCGCCGCCCUUACGCAGACUUGCACAUCAAGCGCAACUGGCUCGACUAGCUGCGCUACCUAAUGUCAAUGUGCUAGCUACUGUUGACACGCCCAAUUUUCUGACCAUGUGGGAUGUCAGUCUACGCGAUCAAUUUAACUUUGUGUUCCACGACUGCACCACGUUUGCGCCCAUGGAUGCGGAGAUGAAUGUUGUGGAUGAAGUCAACAAUCUACUCGGAAAGAAAGGUCGACGCGUGGGUGGCAGAGAAGGAGUAGCGUUCGUGCUGAAGAGUUUACCGGAAAAUGCCCGCAACCUUUAUCGAUUACUCCUUACAGAAGUCCUUACGCUACAAUACAGCGACGGCAAUGGAGGGUUCAGCGAUGACGAGGAUGGUCAGGAGCAGACUACUCAAACACAACAAAAAGGUAGCCGGCGUGAAGAGCCCGGUAUUGAGUUUAGGAUGCUGUAUCAGAAAGCGGCUGAGGAGUUCAUUGCGUCGUCUGAGAUGAUGUUCCGCACGUUGUUGAAGGAGUUCUAUGACCAUCAAAUGGUCACUUCGCGGAUGGAUGCGACCGGGACCGAGACGCUUAGUAUUCCUUUGUCGCGAGAAGAGAUGGAGGGUGUGCUGGAGGAUUUGGUGUUGAGUUAG